UUGAACUCUAUGGUCGACCAAGGCACCGUGACCCGGAAGCGAUCCUGAUAGGUUGGGCGGCAAGAUGGCGGCGCGGAGUGCGCUUGGGGCAAUGAGGGGGAACCUGUGGCAGGGCUUGAGGAGUCUGUCUGCACCCCGCUCUCAGAGCAGCACAACCGCGCGCGGUGGCUCUCUCCUCAGCACCAAUGUGAAGUGGGCUCAGUUUUCAAGCCUACACGUCGAUGUUCUGAAGGAUGUGGCCAAACCUACGAUAACCGUUUCUGAUGAGCCGGACACACUGUACAAACGCCUGUCGGUUUUAGUAAAAGCCCACGACAAGGCUGUGCUGGACAGUUACGAAUAUUUUGCCGUGCUUGCCGCCAAAGAACUCGGGCUCUCUGUUAAGGUACACGAGCCGCCAAGGAAGAUAGAGCGGUUUACGCUUCUCAAAUCCGUGCAUAUUUUCAAGAAGCACCGAGUGCAGUAUGAAGUGAGGACGCUGUACAGAUGCUUGGAGUUGGAACACCUGACCGGGUGCACGGCGCGAGUCUACUUGGAGUACAUUCAGCGGAACUUACCCGAAGGGGUCGCCAUGGAAGUAACCAAGACCCAGUUAAAACAGCUACCGGAGCACAUCAAGGAGCCCAUCUGGCACACAGCAGCUGAGACAGAAGAAGCGAGCAGGUCCUGAGGCCUCACUCCUGUGGGGAGAGGAGCGCGGCCGCCACUGUGUUCCCAGGAGAGGGACCGAGUCCUUGCUGAUCCUCCCAGGGUUCGCUGGCCCUGCAGCUGAGCGCAGAACGUUGGAGCUUCAGUGACAGACGCAACUGUCGCAAGAGGAUCAUGCUGUUUGUCUACCUGUGUCAUUGUUUGUGUCGUGACUUUGAACAGCAUGAGCAAACCACUUAAACAUUCAGGCCUAAAGAGUUGAAUUUA